AUGUAUGGCUAUGGAUAUGGUGGUGGUGGUUAUAUACAACAAGGAUACGAACAGGAACGCAUGGGUUUUGGUCCACGAGGUAAUGGAAAUUCUCGACCAGUAGCUAAAAAAACAACAAAAUCAACUAGAAUAAUCAACGGGCGUCGUAUUGUUACAACAAGAGUGGAAGAAAAUGGACAAACAACAGAAACAAUCGAAGAAGAUGGUCGAUUAACAUCGAGAAAAAUUAAUGGAAUUUUACAAGCCAUUAAAUAA